UCUCCGCUCGGCCUGGGCCCGGCGCACGGCCGCUGGCGGGCGGGGUUAGGGCGAGGCGCGCCAUGGCGCUGGGCUCGGCGUGGAAGCAGAUGUCGUGGCUGUACUACCAGUACCUGCUGAUCACCGCGCUGUACAUGCUGGAGCCCUGGGAGCGCACCGUCUUCAAUUCCAUGCUCGUUUCCAUCAUUGGAAUGGCACUGUACACAGCCUAUGUGUUCAUGCCUCAGCACAUCAUGGCAAUAUUGCACUACUUCGAAAUUGUGCAGUGAUGAAGAGCAUAUUUUCAAGAAGUAAUCGGGCUUUGAAAUCUGGUCUGCGAAGAAGAAGAAUGAAGAUCUUACUUUUAACAAGACUUCUACUUACGUCAGAAAGACACAAUUAUGACUCUGAAGACUAGCAAACAAGAUAUGUAGAGCAGGGACGUGAGAUGUCCCCUGUGUUGUGUUCAUUCCUUUUAGUUUUACAGGAUAGGCCCUUGUAUAGUAGUUUUGUCUACUUUAACAUUGUGAUUGUACUUUGAUAUCAGUAUUUUCUUAACUUUGUGACAGUUUCAAUAUUGCACUGUGAAAGCUUUUCUUAAUUGUAAUUUUGAGUAAAUCUUAAUUGCCUUCUAUUUUUAAUCCGAAAGUCAUCUUAUUAAAUGGGGCUUAAAGCUUUUGCUAUUGUAUGGUAUGUAUUUGCCUGGAUAUUUCUAUUAAUGCGUUUUGUAAAAAAGAGACAUCUAGAUUCAUAUUAGAGACAUGAAUAUAUUCGUCUAACACUAUUUACAGAAGUUAGUUUGUACGACUGAACUCAGGUGUACUGUUUGCUGUCCAAACUUAGUUCAACAGUAUAUUUGUGAGUAUCACCUACAUUUGGAAUUAGUAAUUACUUCAAGUUUCUGUGUGUUACCUGUUGGAGGAGGGAGGGGAGAUGAGGCAUUGAGGCAGGAUGAAAACCGUAUUCGUUAUGUUUGGAGUAGUGCUGUGGUCUGGGGUUUUAUCUAGUGGCGGGGAAAGUACUUUUCUUUACUGACAUAGGCCCACAUAUGGCUUUGGGAUAUCCCUUUAAAUCAACCCUGUUUUUCUAGCUACCAAUUCAAUUGUACUUUUACAGGAUGCUUUAUUAUGUCCCCGUGGUUAUGGUUUCUGCUAAUGUUCACUCAACAGUGUAACUUUGUCUAGUUUUGAAAGGGGUUUUCUAUUGCUGCUAGUGUUCCAAACAUGUUCUCGCUACAAAUGACCAAAACAUAGGGGCUUAAAUGGACUUGAGUUACAACUACAGCAAUAAGUAGCUGAAUACUUGGCUGAAGUCCUGUCUUUUUUUUAAUAGGGAUUUUUUUCAGUUUUGUAUUCUGAAUUGUAAGAUGGUGGCAACUUUCCUAAGUGCAGGGUUUUUUUGUUGUUGUUUAAAAAAAAUAAAAGUUUAAAAGCAGAGCUUUGAUGCAGAGCUUUCUUGGAGAAGUUAAUGUGUUUCUGCAUGCUGCUUGCUUUUUUUCAGAACUUUCCAAGAAGGGAUAAAAGAUACUUGAGCAAAGAAUUGUGAUGAUUUUUUUUAAUGGCCCAGUAAUAAUAGGUACUGUUAUAUGUUUUAUACAACAUGAUUUAUUGAAAUCAGGAGUUAUAUGCAAGUUGUACAACUAAAUUGUUCUAUAAAGAUACUGUCUUUUAGGUGUAUUUAAUUUUCUCAAGUGCGUACUUAAGAGAAAAGAGUGGGUUCCCCCUGUAUUUAAGAACUUUGUAUGUAUUUGAUUAAAAACUCCAUUAUCAUCUUGGGAACUGUAAGCUUCUUUAGGUGAGCCCUAGCUUUACCAAAGUUGGUAGCAGUCUCCCAGCUCCCAGUAAGUGCCUUCGCAUAUUACAUAGCUGGAUAUCUAAACAUAGUAGGUUUUUGGGGUGGUGGCUUUUGUGUGUGUGUGUGUGUGUUCGGUUUUGUAUGUGAGUAUUUUAAGCAUAUAUGGAGAUAAUGAUAGGUUAACAUACUCUUUUUGAACUAAUGUAGCAUAAAUUCCUGCUGUCCGUGGAUCAAACUGGUACUGUGAUGUUUAUUUCUUUUGAACUCUCACUGUGACUGAUAUGCAUCUACUGCUGAGAAAGGGUUUUAGGUGUAUGUGGGGAAGCCCUUCUGUGUGGUGGUAUUAGAAAUAGUAAACAUAACUUUUAAUAGUGAAAGGUUUUAUAAAAGGGCUUUGAUAUACUGACUUACCAGCCAUUUGCUUUUUUGUUGAGAGGGGAAAAAAGAGAAACCAUAACCUCCAAUUGUGUUAUGUUGGAGUGGGCUUGUUCGAUAUCAUACUUGAAUUCAAUUUGUUAAUUUCAGUGUAGUCUUUUUCAGCACUUCUAUUUUUAAUUAUAAACCAAGAAUCUCAUAGUUUUGGGCUGUUCUUUUAGAUUCUGGAUACUUUGUUAAAGAUGGAAUAUUUUCAUUAAUAAAAUACUGUAUGUUA